ACUCGCCCCUCCUCUCUCAUUCACACUCCUCCUCAUUUCAAUCUUUGCUGUACUAAACUUAGAGAGGCCACACUUUAAACAUAAAAAAGGUGCGUACGAUAAGAGAGAGAAGGAAAAUGGUUCACAAAACACGUUUCUUUAUUGCAUUGUUCUGCAUUGUUAUUGCCGGCGCUGCGGGUCAAUCACCGGCCACUUCACCCACCGCCACUCCGGCGCCUCCUACACCUCCUACACCAACGACACCGACUGCUUCUCCCCCUGUAUCCACCACUCCGCCACCGACUUCUUCUCCACCACCUGCAGCGACUCCUCCUCCCGUCUCUGCUCCUCCCCCGGCAACACCACCACCGGUUAGUGCUCCUCCCCCGGCUACUCCUCCACCAGCUACUCCCCCACCAGCUACUCCUCCACCUGCCACUCCCCCACCAGCUACUCCACCACCAGCAACCCCACCACCAGCCACCCCACCACCUGCCACUCCACCACCAGCUACACCUCCUCCAGCUACUCCACCACCAGCAACUCCACCACCGGCUGUUCCUCCACCAGCUCCACUUGCUUCUCCUCCAGCAUCAGUUCCGGCUCCUGCCCCCAGCAAGAAACCAAAGGUUCUGGCACCUUCACCUCUGGGCUUGAGUCCCCCUGUCCCCCCUCUGGGUGCACCCGGUCCCAGCCUUACAUCAGUCUCCCCGGGUCCCUCUCAGACCGAUAUCAGUGGAGUAGAGAAGGUGUGGAUAAUGCAGAAGAUGGGUGGGAGCUUGGUGUUGGGAUGGGCUAUGGUGUUAUUGCUACUUUAGACAUAUAUUUUGUUUCUUAUGUGUCUGAAGUUUCUAUUUUUUGUUUAAUCUUUGUUGUUUUUUACUCUCUGCCUUCUUCAUAUAUUGCUUAGCCGCCCCCGGGGUUGAUGAUGGGAGUCUCUAUUGCCUGUAUUUGAGUUAUAUAUACAUUCGGUUGGAUUCUUUGGGAGAUUUUUGAGGGGGAUUUAUUAUUAUUUGUAUGGAAUUGCUUGUAGCAACUUCCUUCUUACUAUCUCCUUUAUUAUUAUUAGCUUGCCAUUUCAUUCAUUAUUA